AUGGGUCACACUCUUUACGACAGCACCAUCGCGGUGGCUCAGUCCAUCCUCGGCUCCCUGUCCUACUUUCUCCACAAAGCCGAACAACACCCCAAUGCCAGCACUCUGUUGGAGGCCCGAUUGUACUCGGACAUGUACCCAUUAUCCGACCAAGUCCGGCUUGUGACGCAGUUCUCCGAGAAUCUCGCGGCAAGACUAACCAGUCGGGAGCCGGUGACGUUUGAGAGCAACCUCACGACAUUCGCGAAAUGCUACGAGCGCAUUGAGACGGCGCAGAAGGCGCUCAGCGCGGCUGACAAGGACGUCGUCAACCAACACGAUGAAGUACUCGGGACUACUAAGAUUGGCCCAGAGCAGACGAUUGAGACGACCGCCGCUGCGUAUGCCACUACCCUUGCCUUGCCGAAUAUCUACUUCCAUCUUGUUACCGCGUAUGGGAUUCUGCGGAAGGAGGGGGUGCCGGUGGGUAAGCGAGACUAUUAUGCUGGCUUCUACCCGGGUGAAGCCGCUGGCGGUCAGUAG